AGCAAGACUUCCUGUUACUCCCUCACUGGAAUGGAGAUUUCUUCCCAUCAGUUUCACCUCCUAGAGCAGUUAAAUGAGCAACGGAAGCAAGACUUAUUUUGCGACUGCAGUAUCCUGGUGGAGGGGAAGGUCUUCAAAGCGCAUCGAAAUGUCCUGUUUGCCAGUAGUGGAUAUUUCAAAAUGCUGCUUUCACAGAGUUCCAAGGACACGAGUCAGCCAACAAUAGCUACUUUUGAGGUCUUCUCUCCAGAGACAUUUAUGGUUAUCCUGGACUUUGUGUAUUCAGGCAUAUUGCCUUUAACCGGUCAAAAUGUGAUCGAAGUAAUGUCAGCUGCUAGCUAUCUGCAGAUGACAGAUAUUCUUAAUGUCUGCAAGACAUUCAUUAAAUCCUCUCUGGAUAUUAAUGAAAAGGAAAAGGAUCAAUACCUUAGCCUUUCAGCCAAAAGUACCAACAGCGAACCUGCUCACCCAACUCUUUAUCGGUCAAGGAGAAAAGCAAAGAGCAACCCAAGGCGUUCCUGUUCAAUUCCAGAUGAAAAGGCUAAUAUGGUGAAUGAAAACUCGUGGAGUAGUUACAGCAGCUACCUGUCUUCACAGGUGAUUCUUCAGCAGGCAGAAACACAGCUGUCAAAGAGGGGCAGAAAACAGAGCUCAACGAGAAAGCGCCGAAAGCAUCUAGGAUUGUCCCAGACACGUGAUUUUGGGCAGUACAAAUCAAACAAAGCUGAGAGGGCUGGUGAAGGCUGUAAUGCAUCGGACUCUGGCCACCUCUCUCGGGCUAGAGAGGAAGCUGAAUUUGAUGCAGAGAAUGAUGUUGAUCAUGAUGAUUAUGGAUAUAAUCACGAAUCAGAAGUAAUACCGAAGAGGUGGUCUGUUGCUCAGCUAGAACAAGAACUUUCACGAACUUCUCCUGAGUUCAUGGAAUUAAAAGCAGAAGAACUGUACACCUCAGUGCCCACAGUUCUAGGUGUAAUGAGUAGUUGGAAUGAAGGUGACCUACCUCGGAUGCGAUUCAAGUGCCCCUUCUGUACGCACACGGUGAAACGACGCGCAGACCUGAAGCGACAUCUUCGGUGUCACACAGGGGAGCGACCGUACCCAUGUGAAGCAUGUGGGAAGAGAUUCACUCGACUGGAGCAUUUACGUAACCACUUCCAAACGAUACAUCAAGCCGGCAAACUUAUCUGCAGAAAAUGCAAGCGGCACGUAACUGACCUAACAGGAUGUGUUGUUCAGCAAGGAACAAGACGCUACAGACUGUGCCAUAAGUGUCUAGCAGAAGCUAAUUUUGACAGCAACCCUGACGAUUUAGAUACAGAACGUUCUCCUGUAGCCUCCACAGGAAACAAACAUUCCAAUUGGGCUUUGGAAGAGGAACAGAAGUCAGAUGAUGAAACAAUGGAGGAGGAACCGUAUAAUUUGGUUGUCCGACAUGUUAAUAAUGAUACUCCGAAUGAGGGAGAUGAAAAGGUAAAACCAAAUCUUAGGUAGAUAUAUUUGUAUAUUUGUUAUUGCUGUAUUCAAGAUUAAAUUACUUGUGUUUUACCAACUAAUGCUGGUUUAUUAGUUCAUUAAAUAUUGUUAAAACAAUGUUGUUAGAAACAAAACAGGGUUAUAUACAAGUUGCUUUGUACUCACAGACACACAACAGUGUAACUACUUCUAAACAUCAUCCAGAAAUUACUUAUCUGGAAACUAUUUAGAAAAAUUGCUUUAUAUUUCUUCGAAGACUUACUCAGAGCUCCUGUUCUUAAUGAAACUACAAACUAUUUCACAGUUACAAAAAGAAGAUUCUAUACUACAUAGAUUUAAAAAAAAUAUUUUGCUUUGAAAAAGUCUUACAAAAGCACCUAAGAAAUGUAAAACAAUUUUGUUGACACUGUAACUAACAUGUAUAUACACUUAAACUUCCUAAGAAAGGAGUAAUCAAAGAGAAUUCUUCCUGCUGUACUGCAGCUUUGUUUUCUGAUCAAUCUGUUUCUUAUAGUUCUGAAAAGCAUGAAUCAUUUUAAAGAAUAAACACUGCCAUACAGAGUAGAAUAAUGAACAGCACACCUGUAGUGAGUGCAUUUCCAUAGUAUGAGUUUGCCUUUUCAGGUAUGAAGUUUAUUUUGUACUGUGAAUUUUAAGCAAAGAUAAACUAACAUGGUUCCAAGGAAAUAAAAGUGCAAUCACUGGAA